GAGGAUAUCAUAAAUCGAGUCUUUUUCAUCCGUCACGACUUCUACUUCUACUUCGACCUAUACCUCGAAACAUUCCAUAGAUUUUUCUUCACCAAGCCGGCAAGAUGACGGACCACCACCGCGAUGUGUCGCAAUACAAAUACUCGGCCAUGUCCAACCUGGUCCUCCAGGCGGACCGUCGUUUCGUCACGAGGCGAACCGAUGAGGCCACGGGAGACCCCGAGUCCCUAGCCGGGCGUCUGUCCAUCAAGGAUAUGGGCUCCAGAGUUGCCCGCGACUCAGCACCAAAGCCCAAGAAGGCGGGCGCCAUGCCCGACGUCGAGCGGGGCAGCUUUAGGGAAGGUGCUGAUGUCCUUCAACGAGAGAAGAAGAAGGGCAAACUCGAAUCCGCUACAAGAGGUGGAGGUAUUCUUACUGGCGCCGAUGCGCUUAUCGAAGGUCUCCGCUACCGCCCUCGAACGCAGCCGACGCGCGAUGCCUUCAACCUUAUCCUCACCAUCGUCGCCGAGCACUUGGGCGACGUGCCCCAUGAGGUCGUCCGCAGUGCGGCUGAUGCGGUACUCGAGUAUCUCAAGGACGACGACUUGAAGGAUUUCGACAAGAAGAAGGAGGUUGACGAUAUUCUUGGAGUCUCGAUGGGGCCCAAGCAGUUCAACGAGCUCAUAAAUCUCGGCAAGAAGAUCACAGAUUACGACGCCCAAGAUGAAGACGAGGAUGCGGGCGAUGCCAGGCAAGAAGGUGACGACGAGAUUGACGGCCGUCAGGGUGUUGCGGUCAACUUUGAGAACGAUGAGGAUGACGACGGCAUGGUGGAUGUUGUUCGGGACGAGUCUUCCGACGAGGAGGACUUUGCGGAGGAUGAAGAGCGCCCUGACAGCAACGAAGUCGUCGAUGGCGAGGGAGGCCAGGAGGAGGUGGUGGAGGAUAUUCUAAACGGCGAGGCCAUGGUUAUCGAUUCAGCACCGGAAGGGACGAAGAGCAAGUCUGACGAUAAUUCGAUCCCAGCCAGAGAUAUCGAUGCCUUCUGGUUACAACGUCAGAUUGGUCGGCUAUACCCCGACGCACACAUUCAGCAUGACAAGACAAUGUCUGCGCUCAAGACUUUGUCCGGCGAGCCCGAUGAGCCAGGCGGUGAAGAAAAGCAGCUUCGCGACAUCGAAAACGACUUGAUGGAGCUUUUUGAUUACGAACACCACGAGCUUGUGCAAAAACUUAUUGCUAACCGGGAGAAGGUCGUAUGGCUUACUCGGCUGGCCAGAGCUGAGAAUGAGGAGGAGAAAAAUACAAUCAAGCGGGAGAUGGCUUCUGAGGGUUUGCGCUGGAUUCUCGACGAGCUGGAAGGCAAGACCGACGACGGCCAGAAGAAGAUCAAGAUGGAAAUCAAGAUGGACAUCGACUCCGGAGCCUUCGCUGACAAGGAAAGUCAAAAACCUGAGCGUCCCGAGGGACAGCUGGUGGGAGGCCUGCAGCCACGCAAGUUGAUCAACUUGGAGAAUCUAGUCUUCGACCAGGGCAACCACCUUAUGACCAACCCCAAAGUACGACUUCCCGAGGGCUCGACAAAGCGCACCUUUAAGGGCUAUGAAGAAAUCCAUGUGCCCCCACCAAAGAAGCGCAACGAUCCCAGCGACGCCCAUGUCCCGAUUUCUGCAAUGCCUGAGUGGGCCCAGAUUCCUUUCAGCACGGCCAAGUCGUUGAACAAGAUUCAGUCAAAGUGUUAUCCUACCGCCUUUGGUGACGAUGGGAACAUGCUUGUCUGCGCUCCCACGGGUUCCGGCAAGACCAACGUGGCGAUGCUUACCAUUCUCCGUGAGAUUGGAAAGAACAGGAACGAAGCCGGCGAGAUCGACCUGGACGCCUUCAAGAUCGUCUAUAUCGCGCCCUUGAAAGCCCUCGUCCAAGAACAGGUCGGCAACUUCGGGAAGCGUCUCGAACCAUUCGGUAUCAAGGUGGCCGAACUCACUGGCGAUCGGCAACUCACCAAGCAGCAGAUCUCGGAAACGCAGAUUAUCGUUACGACCCCUGAAAAAUGGGAUGUCAUCACGAGAAAGGCUACUGAUCUCUCCUACACCAACCUGGUCCGCCUGAUUAUCAUUGACGAAAUCCAUCUCCUUCACGAUGACCGUGGUCCUGUGCUUGAAAGCAUCGUCGCCAGAACCCUCCGCAAGACAGAGCAGACCGGUGAGCCUGUUCGCAUUGUGGGCUUGUCUGCCACUCUGCCCAACUACCGCGACGUAGCGAGCUUCCUCCGUGUGGAUACGAACACCGGGCUGUUCCAUUUCGAUGGCACAUUCCGUCCUUGCCCUCUCCGCCAAGAGUUCAUCGGCGUUACGGACAGGAAGGCCAUCAAGCAGCUCAAGACUAUGAACGAUAUCACCUAUCAAAAGGUCUUGGAACACGUAGGACAGAAUCGCAACCAAAUGCUCAUUUUCGUCCAUUCCAGAAAGGAGACGGCGAAAACCGCCAAGUACAUCAGGGACAAGGCUCUGGAAAUGGACACCAUCAAUCAGAUCUUGAAGCAUGACGCCGGAACUCGGGAGGUCCUGAGCGAAGCCUCCAACUCUGUCAACAACACCGAUCUGAAGGACAUCUUGCCCUAUGGAUUCGGUAUCCAUCAUGCUGGUAUGAGCCGUGCCGAUCGUACCGAUGUCGAAGAUCUGUUUGCUAGUGGUCAUAUCCAGGUCCUUGUGUGCACAGCCACUCUUGCUUGGGGUGUCAACCUUCCAGCCCAUACCGUCAUCAUCAAGGGCACGCAAGUAUACUCCCCCGAAAAGGGUAGCUGGGUUGAGCUCAGUCCUCAGGAUGUGCUGCAGAUGCUUGGUCGUGCCGGUCGUCCUCAGUUCGACACCUAUGGUGAAGGUAUUAUCAUCACCACUCAGGGAGAGAUGCAGUACUACCUUUCGCUCCUUAACCAGCAGUUGCCCAUUGAAAGUCAGUUUGCUAGCAAGUUGAUUGACAACCUCAACGCUGAAAUUGUGCUGGGCAAUGUCAGGAGCCGUGACGAAGGUGUAGAGUGGCUUGGCUAUACCUAUUUCUUUGUCCGCAUGCUUCGCUCUCCUGGUCUUUACCAGGUUGGAGCGGAGUACGAGGGUGAUGAAGCCUUGGAGCAAAAACGUGUCGACUUGAUACAUUCCGCUGCUGCGGUGCUGAAGAAGUCAAAUCUGAUCAAGUAUGACGAGAAGACUGGAAAGCUUCAGUCCACGGAACUUGGCCGCAUCGCCUCGCACUACUACAUCACCUAUGGUUCGAUGGACACCUACAACAAGCUGAUCCAACCCUCUAUCACCGAUGUCGAACUGUUCCGAGUCUUCGCCCAGAGCGCCGAGUUCAAGUACAUUCCGGUUCGUCAAGAAGAGAAGCUGGAAUUGGCCAAGCUCCUUGCAAAGGUACCCAUCCCGGUCAAGGAAAGCCUCGAGGAACCGACCGCAAAGAUCAAUGUAUUGUUACAAGCGUACAUCUCUCGUCUGAAGCUCGAUGGUCUCGCUCUUAUGGCCGACAUGGUCUACGUCACACAAUCCGCUGGUCGUAUUCUUCGGGCUAUUUUCGAGAUCACGAUAAAGAAGGGAUGGGCAUCAGUUGCUAAGCUCGCCCUGAACCUGUGCAAGAUGGCCGAGAAGAGGAUGUGGCCAACAAUGUCGCCGCUAAGACAGUUCCCCAACUGUCCUGUUGAGAUCGUGAGGAAGGCUGAAAGGAUCGACGUGCCGUUCACCAGCUACUUCGAUCUGGAUCCUCCUCGGAUGGGCGAGCUUCUCGGACUACCCAAAGCUGGCAAAACUGUUUGCAGUCUGGUGGCCAAGUUCCCCCGGGUCGAGGUUCAGGCCCAGGUGCAGCCCAUGACAAGGUCGAUGCUGCGCAUUGAGCUUGCGAUCACGCCCAACUUCGAAUGGGACGUCGAUAUCCAUGGCCUUUCCGAAAGCUUCUGGAUUAUCGUCGAAGACUGCGAUGGCGAAGACAUCCUUUUCCACGAUCAGUUCAUCCUGCGCAAGGACUAUGCGGAGUCCGAGUCCAACGAACACAUUGUUGAAUUCACUGUGCCCAUUACUGAGCCCAUGCCCCCCAACUAUUUCAUCUCUGUCAUCUCUGACAGAUGGAUGCAUUCCGAGACGCGACUGCCUGUGUCAUUCAGGAAACUCAUCCUCCCGGAAAGAUUCCCUCCUCACACCGAACUGCUUGACUUGCAGCCACUUCCGGUCAAUGCUUUGAAGGCCAAGGACUAUUCUGCGCUGUAUCCUGAUUGGCAACAAUUCAACAAGGUGCAAACGCAGACCUUCAAGUCCCUGUACGAGACAGACAACAAUGUUCUCAUCUGCUCACCAACGGGCAGUGGCAAGACUGUUUGUGCCGAGUUUGCUCUGCUGCGCCAUUGGGCCAAGAAGGAACACGGUCGGGCCGUCUACAUUGCACCCUUCCAGGAACUGGUGGAUUUGCGAUUCCAGGACUGGCAGAAGCGGUUUGCUAACCUCCGCGGCGGCAAGGACAUCGUGAAACUUACGGGAGAGACGACCACUGACCUUAGGCUCUUGGAGCAGGGCGACCUGAUCAUGGCCACCCCGCUGCAGUGGGACGUCCUGUCGCGGCAGUGGAAGAGGAGAAAGAAUGUUCAGACGGUAGAGCUUUUCAUCGCUGACGAGCUGCACUUGCUUGGCGGUCAGAUGGGCUAUGUCUACGAGAUCAUCGUCUCGCGGAUGCACUAUAUCAGGACACAAACGGAGUUGCCGCUGAGGAUUGUCGGCCUCAGUGUGUCUCUUGCCAACGCUCGUGAUGUCGGCGAGUGGAUCGACGCGAAGAAGCAUGACAUCUACAACUUCAGCCCACAUGUGCGGCCCAUUCCAUUGGAAUUGCACAUCCAGACAUAUACGAUUCCGCAUUUCCCCUCCCUCAUGCUGGCGAUGGCGAAGCCUACUUACCUGGCCGUCACUCAGCUUUCUCCCGACCAGCCUGCUCUCAUCUUCGUACCCAGCCGGAAGCAAACAAGAGCUACGGCACGAGACAUCCUCACCGCCUGCUUGGCCGACGAUGACGAGGAUCGUUUCCUUCAUGUUGAGGUUGAGCAGAUUCAGAAGCUUCUCGAUCGCGUUCAAGAAGCGGCAUUGGCUGAGGCCCUCAAGCACGGUGUUGGUUACUACCACGAAGCCCUGAGUCUCAAUGACAAGCGCAUCGUCAAGCAUCUGUACAACAAUGGCGCCAUCCAGGUGCUGAUCGCCUCCCGUGAUGUCUGCUGGGAGCUCGAUUGCACCGCUCAUCUGGUAAUUGUUAUGGGCACCCAGUAUUUCGAGGGUAGGGAGCAUCGCUAUGUUGAUUAUCCUCUAAGCGAGGUUUUGCAGAUGUUUGGCAAGGCCCUCCAGCAAAACAAGGCCGGGCGUGGUUGCGGUGUCUUGAUGGUACCUGCGGUCAAGCGGGAGUAUUACAAGAAGUUCCUCAACGAAGCCCUCCCUGUCGAGUCUCAUCUGCACAACUUCCUUCACGAUGCCUUUGUGACGGAAAUCAGCACCAAGAUGAUCGAGUCGGGUGAAGAUGCCAUCAACUGGGCGACUUUUACCUACUUCUACCGCCGCCUGCUCGCCAACCCAAGCUACUACAGCUUGACAGACCCCACGCACGACGGUCUCAGCCAGUAUCUCUCCGACAUGGUUGAGGCUACCCUGAAGGAUCUGGCCGAGUCCAAGAUUAUCGACUUUGAUGAGGAUGAUGGCACUGUUGCUCCUCAGAAUGCUGCCAUGAUUGCUGCUUACUACAACAUCUCGUACAUUACGAUGCAGACAUUCCUUUUGUCCCUGACGGCCAAGACAAAGCUGAAGGGUAUCCUCGAGAUCGUGACCUCGGCCACCGAGUUCGAAGCGAUCCAGAUCAGAAGGCACGAAGAGGUCAUUCUGCGUCGCAUUUACGAAAGCGUUCCAGUCAAGAUGGCCGAACCUGUCUUCGAUUCCCCGCACUUCAAGGCCUUUGUUCUUUUGCAGGCCCACUUCUCCAGGAUGAACCUUCCCAUCGAUCUUGCAAAGGAUCAAGAGGUCAUCCUCACCAAGGUGCUGAGCUUGCUGAGCGCUACUGUUGACAUCCUGUCGUCGGAUGGCCAUCUCAACGCCAUGAACGCCAUGGAGAUGUCUCAAAUGGUGGUGCAAGCGAUGUGGGAUAGAGACAGCCCGCUCAAGCAGAUUCCCCACUUCACGACCGAGGUCAUCAAGACGGCCAACAAGUACGGCAUCCGGGAUAUCUUUGACUUUAUGGAGAAGAUGAACCCCGAGGAGAACCCCGACUACGCCUCUCUGGUCAGGGACCUCGGUCUCUCCCAGGCUCAGCUUGCCCAGGCUGCCGAGUUCACCAACAACAAGUACCCCGACGUCUCGUUGGAGUUCGAGCUCGAGGACAAGGACAACAUCCGGGCGAACGAGCCUGCAUACCUCAAGAUCAACAUCGAGCGCGAGGUCGACGAGGACGAGGAGUUCGAUCCUACGGUGCACGCUCCGUUCUACCCAGGCAAGAAGACGGAGAAUUGGUGGUUGGUGGUUGGCGAGGAGAGCUCCAAGACUCUGCUGGCAAUCAAGCGGGUCACCAUCGGCAAGAAGCUCAACGUCAGGCUGGAAUUCACAGUGCCUACGCCUGGUCGUCACGACUUGAAGUUGAUGUUGAUGAGCGACAGCUAUGUCGGCGUUGAUCAGGAUCCGGCGUUCUCGGUCAUGGUGGAGGAAGGAAUGGAUGUGGAUGAGAGCGAGGAGGAGGAGGAGGAGGAUGAUGAGUGAUGGCAAGGAGACUGAUUACGUCUUUUAUGUAUGGCAAUACAAGGCAAGUGUUUGGUUAACCCCUCUCUCUGCUAAUUGAGGCGGUGUGGUAUAUAUGGAG